UCAAUGGCUUGACGUGAGUUAGUGAAGCAGGAUGACAGCUGAACGGGUCUCAAAGGCACAGCAGCGCAGUGACUAAUUUAACAACAAUCACCACAAACUCCUGUUUAGAGAGAAGGACCGGCACAUUUCACUGUUUGUCGCGUUUUUAUCAACUAACUGAAGCCUUUGAGUUUCUCAGAGGACAUUAACUGUUACCUUCACGGAUACUGUUUCUCUUUUUUUCACCAAGAGCGAAAAAGAUCCGAGUCCGGAUGUGCCAGCAGUAUUUAGUUUUUCGCAUGGCGUAGGCACCUUUCCUCCAGCAGCAGAUUCUUGAUGUUCGGUGGGUCGGAGGAGGCCCUCGGGUCGACCGCUUAUCCAACUAUCAUUAACUUUACACCUGAAUUUGACCGAAUUCUGUGGAAAAUGAUCAACGAAAUGAUUGUGCAAUAGAGAGGAAGAGAAGCCCUGCGUCCUGACUACCUCAGUUUGAGACUGUGGAGAGAGCGAGGAAGCACCGCCAGGAAUACGGUUCCGUUUUCUUCUGUAAGCCCAACGACUACGCGGGUUCAAGGUUUCGAGAGCUUUUACCACGGGAGAAGAAGGAGAGGAAAUAUUUCAGCUCUUGUCUCGUGUGUGUGAGUGUGGAAGUGCGAGUGUGAAGCCCUCAGAGGACCGGGAAAACCUUCACGAUGACGGGCAGCUGCACCCCGGCGGACAUGAUAAACCUGCGGCUUAUUUUAGUCAGCGGGAAGACGAAAGAAUUCCUCUUCUCCCCCAAUGACUCAGCAGCGGACAUCGCCAAACACGUUUAUGACAACUGGCCGAUGGACUGGGAGGAAGAGCAGGUCAGCAGUCCUAACAUCCUGAGGCUGAUCUACCAGGGCCGCUUUCUACAUGGCAACGUAACACUAGGAGCUCUCAAACUGCCCUUGGGGAAGACCACAGUGAUGCAUUUAGUUGCCAGAGAGACUUUGCCUGAGCCAAAUUCCCAAGGUCAGAGGAAUAGAGAGAAAACCGGGGAGAGUAACUGCUGCGUCAUCCUGUAAAUACACACCUCCGCUGCCGCCAGCCCUCCAUCAUCUUUCUCAUCCGUUCUUAACCGCCCAACAUCCUGGACCUCGAGAGCGUAUCCCGUCCUGGAGUCUGUCCACAGUGCGGAUAUGCAUACAUAAGAACUCAUACAUACGCCCGUCUUCUGUUUUUUUCCAUACCCCGUCUCUUAAUCUUCCAUAGAAAGAUGACAGGUCAAUCCAGGAAGCAGGAAACUGAUCAAAAAAAGUUGAUUCCUUUUUUUUUGUACUUGAUUUAUUGUCAUAAGUGAAAAUUAGACGAAGGAACUGGAUUUUGCAUGUUUUUUUUUCUUAAUGCACACCUUUGUAAGCCUUCUGCCACACUCCUACACACAAACACACAAACAUUGUGCAGCUCUAGUGAAAGCCGGUUUCUUACUGGCUCUUUGCUCUCUAGCUGGAUGUCGUAGUAACUCAGUGCCCAAGUUUGUGCGUGUGUGGCCUUGUUUUAAGCUGAGAAUAUUAACCACUAACAUCCUCAUACAUUCUCACACGCUCUAUGACAUCCUGUCUACACAUCCGACCAUAUGUGCUUGUGUGAUCUCCCUCAGUGCAGCAGACGAAGCUUAGAUGUGCCUGAUCAGAUAACUCAAACACACACACACACACACACCUGUGUCCUUUUACUGCCCUCCUCUGCUUGUGCCCUUAAAGGUCACAAGGGAGAUGUUAUUCUGUUUUGUCUGCAGAGCGCUGUAGAGACGAAGCACACGUUGCUCUUUUAGUCGUCAUAUUUUAGCCAAACAAAGCCUAACAAACAAACAAAUAAACAAACAAACCCAGGUUUUGGUGGGUCUUGUUUGGGUUAUUUGUUUGUCCAUGACAUUUGUGACUGUGUUUUCGACAGUCAGCGCUUGUUACUGACCAAGCAGUGUUGUGAUUAAAAAAAAGACAUCAUGUCAGUUUCCUCCCACUCUCUUUCUUAGUAAAGCCGCCUAUAUGGUCUCCUUUUUUAACAGUGUUGUGAAGGAUCUCUCUCUUGACAAUUACUGUUCAAGCAGGGAAAUGAACUCCUGGGAUGAAAAUGUUCCUCGUUUGUCUUAAUUUGCGCUCCUUAAUCCUCUCUCUGCAUUAACAAGUCCAUUUUGCACAACCGAAGCAUGUGCUCCUUCAUCAGAUUAAUACAAAUGUAUAAAAGUUUUAUUGUCUUAUUUUAUAUUUUUCCAAUGGAAGUAAUGUUCCAAACAGACUAAGGUAACGUGUAGAAUAUAUUUAAUAUGAAUCUUAUAUAGAACAUGAUGACUCUAGAUCUUGUUGCUAUACAGUAUAUUGGUGUGUAGUCUCUGAUUGUGUAUACGGUUAGCUUCUAGCCUGUUCACAGUCACUCGCUGAGUCUUGUGCUUAACAGCAGCAAAAAAAAAAAAGAAACCUCCCUAAUCAUUGACAGACUGUACUUUUAUUUUCUUCUGUGCUCUUUUAUUAUUAUUUUUCAUUUGUUUAUAAUUUAAUGUAAUCCUUUUUCUUUGUGGGUUAUUUUUUGCUUUCAGGAAUGGCUUUGUAACAGCACUAGGUCUUAAAAAAGAAAUAUUGUUUAUAUUGAUCAAGGUUCAAAUCUGUACAGAGAUAAACGUUUUCAAACCAAUUGUAAAUAGCACUAAUACUCCCUGUACCCCCUCCAGACUUCAAAAUGGAAUACAUCUGUAAACUAAAUAAAGGAUAUUGAAGUGAA